GUCACUUUAAGAUGUUUUCUUGUUCGUGUUUUUUGUUUGUUGCGGUUGCAUCCGAUUCAAGAGCCGAAUGGCUCACAGGGCUAUACCAAAUAAAUAAACUAUGAACUAAAUGAACUACAACUACCCUGACCAAGAUGGCGACCGGAAGAGGCUUCGAUGGCGUUCGCCCUCGGUGGUGGUGGUGGUGGCGAGCGGAGGGGGUGGGGAUGUUGUGGUGGUAGUGGUGGUGAAGAUGAUGGUGGGUGGUGGCGAUGGUGGUGGUAUUGGGAGUCUCCCUCUAACUACUUGGGCUGUCGUCGCCGCGGUGACAUUUUAAUUGAAGCUACGAGCCCCGCCCCCAAGCACUUGGUGAUGAUGAUGAUGACGGAGGGCGUCGAGGACGGACAGCGGUGAGAGGUCAAGGGUUUGAGGUCGAGGAGCGGCGGGGCGGGGGGGGGGGCAGACAUUGCCUCCCUACAUUGCCAAGGGCAGCAACAUGAACGCUGACGGCCGAAGCGUUCGCAUCAUCGAGUGGGAGGACCUGGACAAGCGCAAGUUCUUCACCUUGGGAAUCGUGAUGACCCUCGCGAUCCGCGCCACCGUCUACCCCGCGUCGCUUAUCCGCACGCGCCUGCAGGUGCAGAAGGGCAAGAGCGUGUACAAGGGCACGGCGGACGCGUUCACAAAGAUCGCGCGCGCCGAGGGCGCCCGGGGCCUCUACCGCGGCUUCCUGGUCAACGCCCUCACCAUCGUCUCGGGCCAGGCCUACGUGACGACCUACGAGCUCGCGCGCCAGUACGUCUCGCGCUUCAGCGACAGCAACGCGCUCAAGUCGCUGGUGGCCGGCGGCUGCGCGUCGCUAGUCGCGCAGAGCAUCACCGUCCCCAUCGACGUCAUCUCGCAGCACCUCAUGAUACAGGGGAAGGACAGCGGCGCGAUGGGCCGGUUCCACUUGUGCGCCACGGAAGGCUCGGCCCUACCGCUGGGCCGCUGGCGCAUCGUGGCGGCGGAGAUCCUGCGGGCGGACGGGCCGGCGGGCUUCUACCGUGGCUACACCGCCUCACUUCUCACCUACAUCCCCAACAGCGCCGUGUGGUGGCCCUUCUACCAUGCCUACACCGCUGGCGAGCGUGGCGCCCGAGGGCUGCCCCAGCCUGGCGCUGCAGGCGGUGGCUGGACCCCUUGCCGCCCUCACCGCCAACACCGUCACCAACCCCAUGGACGUCGUCCGCACGCGCAUCCAGGUGGAGGGCAAGUCGUCCAUCGUGGGCACGGUGCGGCAGCUGCUGGCCGAGGAGGGGGCCUGGGGCUUCACCAAGGGCCUGUCGGCGCGACUCAUCUCCUCGGUGCCCACCACCGUGGUCAUCGUCGUCGGCUACGAGACGCUCAAGAAGCUGAGCCUGCGCGCCGAGCUCAUCGACUCGCGCUGCUUGUGACGCCCGUCACGCCGCGACCCCCCCCCCCCACCCACCCCGCUCCCCGCCAGUAUCGCGACGAGGCUUCCUUGCGUUUGGACUCCCAACGGGAAGAAACAACGGACGAUGAACGGGCGAAGCCGUAGAGCCACACUCAAUGUGUUGUAAUGGUCAAGGUGCAGCCCUGCCGUUAUGUUGGCUCGUGCGACAGCCACGCUAGCCCAGACGUCUCGGUGGCGGGGGGGGGGGGGGGGGGGGAGGGGUCUGGGGGGAGCGCCCGCCACGAAUUGACCUCCGCCGACCGACGUCACUGCGACCGUUCCCGUUCACGCUGCUGGGAGGUGGAAUUGAACCGGCGACCUCCGGAUUGCGGGUCCGCUCGGCGCGCUGCUCACCCCUUGCACCGCCGUGGCAGCGGCGACCCAACUUAUUUAUCUUUUUACUUACACUAAUUUAACGACGAUAAUUUCUGUUAAUAUAUACAUGUCGCUGGCCCGUUAAGCGGCGGUAACUUGGCGAUCGCACGAGCGGUGCAGCCUCACUGGGGCCCCACGAGCCGCCGGCAUCUUGAGCCCCCCACGCUAAUCGAGUGCUGGGGGGGGGGGGGGGAAGUGUUUUAUCUCCGGCUACGCCACGUAUAGACCGCCACUCGCCAUCGACGUUUUCCCGUCACCGCGGGCAAUCUGAGCUGCGCUGGUCGGGUGCUGGGAGGGGGGGAGGGAGGCAGGGGGGUUUGGCGAGUGAAUAUUUUGAACCUGCGCAACAAUUGCCGCGUUAUUUUACGUGAUCUGAAGAAAGUCCAUCUUCAUUUUAAGGCCGCUGUGUUAUUGACGAGCGUCAGUUGUUACUUGUGUGCAGCUGCCAACGCGGCCUCAGCAGCAGCAUCGCCAAACGGCGGUAUUCACACAGCUAUAAUAGGAGUCAAUUGCUUGAUAACCGCACUCAUUUCACACGGUCAUCGCAUGGAUCCACCGUUGCUGGCCACGCGGAGACGUCGGAACGACGGGCAGAGCUGCGCCACAUCGGGUGGUACCGCCCAGCGAGACGUCUGCCCCAGGUUCGUGGAGGGCGAGGUUAAGAGGUCACCACAGCAUAUACACACACACACCUCGCAAUCGUUAAAGUCAAAUCCUGAACGUCGAGAUGUUGGUUCUCUCUUUCCCUCGGUCGCUGACCUCUGGAUGUCGGUCCAGCACCGGUCUCGGUGACCUGGCCUCCUCCUCCACCACGCGUCCCACCCAUCACAUCCUCCUCCUAUCCUCCAACCGACAAGUUGCUUACUCAAUUGUCCACCCUGCCCACUCCAUCACAGAUUCCUCUUCCUGGUUACAUCUACGGCACUUUCUACAAGCCAUGUUCUACUCGCAACCCCCAUUUGUGGAGAUUCAAACAGAGCAACAAAAAAAAAUCAGUGCUAUGCGAUUAUACAUACAUAUUUCUUUCCCCAGUAAUGUAGCGUGAUUGUUUUAAGGCAAGCAGCUAACAAAAGCGUCGAACGCCGCUACCUCUCGGGACGCGUUGCGUCGAGCGUAAAUUUGCAAACGGAGAAACAGAGUGAUCCGCGAAGUGCCCAGGUUGCACGCAGCUCUCGGGGAGCGCCGGCGAUCGCCGUACCGUCCGGUCGACGUCCCUGGAUUUGGCGCGUGCCCCUGCUUCGUCGUCGCUGUGAAAAAAAAAGAAAAAAAAACUUUCUCGUCCUUCGGCUCUCCGCGGUCGCGUUUGGUGGCCCCUUUUGCCGAAACGCUCCGGAGGUUUUGUUUCCCGCGCAGUGAACGUCGACGGGUUUUCGGGCUGCUGGUGUCAAAUGUCAUCCUUUUUGCAGAAACGGCGAAUGUUUUAAUGGUUCUCUCUCUGUUCCCCUUGACCUUUUAACAAACACAAAAAAAAAUUGUCGGGGAUGUAAAGCGUAAUUGUUGCCAGAUCCGCACGCGGGGGUUUUUCUCCGUAACCAUAAUUCUCGGAAUCGGAUGCAGUUUUUGCACUUUUUUUUUUUUACACAUUUUCUCCGAUGUCUUGGCGAUCGAUGCCAGGACCGUGGUCGUUACGCGAGGCCUGAGAAUCCAUUGGAAUCCCUCGCGGGGCAGCGCGAGCCCCCUUCGUGUUCGAGAACGGUCGACGGAAGCGGAUAUCGAAGAGCUACCCGUCAAAGUGAGCUAUGGUGCACGCAGAGGCAGCACUUUCCCGCCCGCUCCUGCCGUACGAGUGUAAUCGCCCGUCGCAUGACGAUCAAACUGAGAUUUUAAGCCUCGGCGUUUGACUUUAGCCAAAUAAAGUGCCGCACCACUUUUUUUUACGUCA